AUGCGCGGGGAUCUUGUGAUGAUGGACCGGAUUAUUCCGUUACCGAAAGUCGUGCGGAAAGCCUUGAUCUUUCUGCUAUAUGUCCCCGAGAAAAACCUUGGCAGCACUGAAAUCGAAUCCCUCCUCGAUCACCCUGCAAACAAGCACUGCCUCGCCCGAGUUUAUCUUGGCAAGGCCAAUGGUACUAUUGACCGCAGAGCCCCGCUGAGACACUUCCCUUUGUAUCUUGAGUCGAUGGAGCAUAUUGACAUCGAGACUCUCCCGCUCGCAAGCGCAAUGGGCAAAGCACAUGCAAUCUUGCACUGGAGUGCCGCCAUUAAUAGCGAUGACGUGGAGUUUGUGCUUGUAGACCUGACUCAAGCUCCCAAUGUCGUUUAUCAAGCUUCCAAAGGAGCCAUGGUGUUGGGGGAUAAUGAACAAUUUAUUCCACAUUACUCGAGGAGCCCGGCACUGUUUGCGACAUUCCUAAAGGGAUACAUUGAAGCAGGCAAUAUUAUUCUAUCAGACGAGCGGCUGAAGAAUAAGUUCAACAAGGAGUUUAUGCAGGAGUAUGAAGAGUAUGCCGAGGACUUCCUAUAA